AUGCAUCUUCAGCACUUACGUGUGCACCGAAGAGCCGACGGGCUUUUCGGAUUUGGCAACAUUGCCCACGAAAUUGAUGUUUCUGCCGAUGCCUCGAAACGUGAUGUUGAGAAGCGAGAACCUCAAGCAGUGAGGACCGUCUUCAAGACUAUUGAGGCGACAUUUGAAGGGGCCAUUGGCGGAUACAAGACAGUCGGCAACGAGCCUGAACCUACAGGCUCUUCAAAGGACGACGACGAAGACGAAGACGACGACAAGGAAGAAGAAAAGAAGAAAGAGGCUGAAGAGAAGAAGAAGGAGGAAGCGGCUGAAAAGGAAAAGGAAGCCGAAGAAGCUAAAGAGAAGGCUCAAGAGGCUAAGGAAAAGGCCCAAGAAGACGCCAAGAAGAAAGCCGUUCAAGAGAAGGAGGAGGAAGAGAAAGAAAAGGAGGAGGCGAAGAAGGAACAAGAAGAGGCUGCCAAGAAAAAGGCUGCUGAAGAGGCCAAGUCUCGUAGUGAGGCCAAAAACGACACAGCCGCAAAGGAGAGCUCAACGAUUAAGCCCACCAGAACUCGCGCUCAAGUCACCAGCAGCAACGAACCUUCAUCUAUUCCUACUGUCAUCAGUAACCCAGCCGAGUCUCAGUCAAUCGAAUCCAUCCUGGCCAAGGCAACGGGCGCCGCUUCUGCUUCAACAACCAUUGAUGAGGUCGCCGACAUUUCUGGAACUUCAGCUCUUCCCAGUUCCACUUCUGUCCCUGAUGCCACCGGCACCAGCGCAGGAACCAAGGCUGGAAUUGCUUUUGGUGUUCUAGGCGGACUGCUCGCCAUGGGAUUGUUGAUCUUCUUUGUCUUCACCAAGCGCCGCAAGCAGGCUGAGAUGGAACGACUCGAGAACGAUGAUGAAAAGCUUCAUGGUCCAAUGGUUGGUCGUGGUGGCGCGGCUCCCCCUAUGGCUGCCGCUGCUGCCGUGCGUCGAUCCAUGAGCCCUGAACCCUUUGAGCCUGACACCUCAUCCGUCCGCGCAGAUGCGCAAGCUCCUCGCGUCAGCCUCCGACCCGUCACUCAAUUCCUCCCCAACUGGAACGGUAUCGAAAACCAAAAGCGCUCAAGCAAAGGCGCUGCCUUGGCUCUUGCUGCACCUGCUUCUACUUCUCCGUCAACCGCUAAUGGACCUUUGUCACCACGAACUCCCGGUGGUAGUGCUUGGGAGCGACCUUCGACAGCUCAGAGCGUCGAUCCGGCGAAUCCCUUUGGCACACAGGCUGAGCGUGUCCCUUCGCCUGUUCAAGAGGAAACUGCUUCUGCCCUCCGCGCCUCUCCCAGUCCAAUGUCCGAAAGCUCGGCCAUCGCUGUCUCGGCCCCUGUCUCACCUCAAUCGCCCUUUGAAAAUCCCGCCACAGACAGUGGAGCUGCAGUUGCUGCCGGAGCUGGAGCUGCCGCAGUCGCCCGUAAGACGUCGAUACGCAAGGAUGGCCCCCCUCAACUUGAUCUGACAAUUCCUCAAGCCCCUAUGGCAGCCAUCCCUGGCAGCCCUGCCGGUACUGACUACAGUAACACUUCCACUACAGGUGGCGCUCCUGAGAGUCCUUCUGCUGGCGCGGCCGCCAUUGCCGCUGCUGGAGGACCUGCCACCUCGGCUGUUCACCGCGUGCAGCUUGACUUCAAGCCUACUAUGGAUGAUGAACUAGAACUGAAUGCUGGCGAUCUUGUCCGACUCCUUCACGAAUACGAUGAUGGCUGGGCGCUCUGCAUCCGACUUGACCGUUCUCGACAAGGUGUUGUUCCUCGAACUUGUCUAUCAACUCGCCCUGUGAAGCCCCGUCCUGCUCAAAACGGUCCUCGGCCAGGCCCUCCUGUCAAAGGCGGUCCUCCUCGAGGACCCGGACCUAUGGGACCUAACGGCGGACGCCCUCAAUCACCCAUGGGACCCCCAGGCCGCCCUCAAAUGGGCCCUGGACCCUUCCAAGGCCCUCCCCAAGGCCGUUCCAUGAGCCCUGGACCUCGAUCGCAGUCGCCUGGUCCCCGUAAUGGACCACCGGGUGGCAGGCCGAUGAGCCCUGGACCUCGCUCUCAGUCGCCCGCUGGUGGACGUUCGCAAAGUCCCAGUGGAGUGAACCGAAGAAACAACCCUCCUGGACCUAGCCCAAUGAAUCCUUCUCAAGGGCCAACUACCUCAGGCUCACUCAACAGAAAGCCCGUCCCUGGCCAGGCUUAUUAA